AGCUCGGAGCGGAGCGCAGACAGGAACAGCUGAAAAAGAACAACAAAGCCACGACGACGACGGCACAAACAACAGAUGUGCGUCUAAACUAAACCUCAGAUAUCGGUGACAUCGCCGCUGUCGGGGACAUUUUGUGCCACUGAAACAAAUCUCAAACGCCCUAGUCCAGUCUUUCCCAGAGAUUUGACAAUGGGACGCAUCUUCUUGGACCACAUUGGCGGAACACGCCUCUUCUCCUGUGCCAACUGUGACACCAUCCUGACGAAUAGGUCUGAGCUUAUCUCAACUCGUUUCACAGGGGCCACGGGCAGAGCUUUCCUCUUUAAUAAGGUGGUGAACCUGCAGUACAGCGAGGUACAGGACAGAGUGAUGCUUACCGGCAGGCACAUGGUGAGAGACGUCAGCUGCAAGAACUGCAACAGCAAGCUGGGUUGGAUCUAUGAGUUUGCCACUGAGGACAGUCAGCGGUACAAGGAGGGACGUGUCAUCCUGGAGAGGGCACUGGUUAGGGAGAGUGAGGGCUUUGAAGAGCAUGUCCCCUCCGACAACUCAUGAUCCCCUAAAGUUGGAUUAACUUAUGUGAGAAGGCUCGCUCCUGUGCCCUCCUUUCCCUCUCGUUUAUCCCCUUGCCUCUGUGCUGCAUACCUCCACCUGCAGACUUAGUGGUCAGUGAAGUUUUGGCUGACCGCCCCCCAGUCCACCCACUCCCCUUCCCUGUCUCUGGCCUAUGACCUUAGACCUAUGCUGAUUAGAAGAUUGGUUUGCUGGAUCUAUUCUUGCUGAAUAGGCGUUCCCAAAAUACUCCCUGGGUACACCCCACCCCAGAACAGCUGGGGACACUGUUAGGAGUUGUUUAAGUAUUCAUGCACGGUCACACAGAAUUUUCAUCAUCGCUGCACAAGGCAUGCUCCACAGUUUUUCGUAUGGUAGUUAAAUACAUGCAUGAUAAUAGAUGUGGUCAGUCACAUUAAAAAACAUCACCUGGUUGUUUUGUUUAUUUAGAUAGCUUGAGGUGGUAUAGCUGUCUGUGUUCAUCAUCCAGACAUGGGCAGAGCAACCAGCCCAGUCUACACAGCAUUGUUAAAUAAACCAGUGGACAUGUCACUCUACAUAUUUCUUUGGUGGGGCUUGUGCUUCUGUGUUGUUCUUCUCACUGUAUUUGUCACUGGUGAGCCCUGAACUCAUUUAAGACAAUGAUAGUUGUAAUUUCUGUAUCAGUUACCUUUUAUUAGCUGGUAGUGUGAUGAAUGUAAUAGUGUUUCAAAUCUCUGUUCUCAUCCAAAUGAUACCGUGAGGACCGCACAGACUGAUGUCAUAUUUAAGUAUUCAUUGUUGUGUUUGAUGAUGAUAGCCGUUUUAUUUAGAUUUGGCUCACAUGAUGUGCAAUUAUUUUGAUUGACAUGACAUUUUUGAAAUGCACACAAACUAGCUUAAUUUUCCCAUUCUUGCAGUUCAUAAUGUGAAAGUGAGCUCAUGUACAGUAGAAAAUCGUAGAGUUAAUCCUACAGUUUUAUUGAGCUCUACCAGUCAGCAUCUGUUACCAUGGAUUCUGUGCCUGUGUACGCGUGCCGUGUGAAGAGCAACAUGUCACUUUGGUGAUAUAUCAGGAGCAUGUACCUUCCAGCCAUGUGUCGUCAGUAUGACGGGAGGAGGGAUGUGUCUGUGGCGUGAUGGAGACAUUCUCUGGCUGCCUGCUGGCUUAAAAACAGGAUUAUGAGAGGAUGGGUCAUACAAGCAUUCGAAAUAAGCUGGGGGACAGUGGGGGGACAAACUAACAGAGCCUCUGAAGGAAAAACUGGAACCACAACACAACAGGGAUUCAGCAAAUUUUUUUUCUGUAACACAGCACAAUGUUGGAAACAACAACAAACCAAAAAUGUGUGUCCAUCAAGCUUGAGCCUGAUUUUUGAACAGAAUUCAUUUAAAUCCAUUCUGAUGGAACAGAUGAAUGCUGAGGCUGACCCUAUAGGGUCAAGUUAGUCUUGAAACAGUGACCCUUUCUCUUUUUAUAAUCCUGGGCUUAGGGCAAUUGGUCAUCAGAUGACUUGUUCCUUACAACACAAAGCCAAACAAGCUUUAAUGGAGUAAUAUAUCUUUAAAGUCAAGCCUGUGUCUCUGACUGGGCCAGAGCCUCUAUUUUAUAUCGUCACUGCCCUGCAAAGAUUUCAAAAUGUCAGAUUGUUAAAAAAAUAUAUAUCUGAGUUUUCGUGACAUUUGAGGUUAUUUUUGGACUGGGUUGUAGCACAGCAUCAUGGCCCUGGUAUAACAUUGUGCCAUUUCAGAGGGUGAAUGCCUGCAGGCGUUACCAGAAUGGUCCAGCCUUUGCAAGUGACACUGUUCAUGUUUUUGCUCGCCUUUACAAGGUCAUGCAAGACUGUGCAAGUUGUCAUUUCAACAAAAAAUGUUAAUUAUAUACAGGACACUGACACCAUCCAUAUCCCCGAGUCAGUGCAGUGUACAGUCAGUGGGCCAUGACAGAAUAAAGUUAUCAUUUAUUGUUCACUUUUAGCAUUUUAUUGAUAGGCCAAUUGUUUUUAUUUGCUUUACUCUAUAUUAUUAUUAUUUUAUUGACUAUUGAUACAUUUAUCUUAUUGUAUAUUUUCCUGAUUGGAGGUUUGAAGAAAAUGUUUUCUUGUAUGGUUAUAGCAAGAUUUUCUCUGAUGUGAUUUCUAAAUAAAGAUAUAGUCUUGCUGGGUUCAA